AUGAAGUGGCCGAGCACCCUCAAUCAUAUUGAAAUUGUCGCCCAGUCAAAUGCCAUGAUGAUCGACCUAUUGAGUACUUGUCGAGAUGUCCAGUCUUUGAGCAUUACGAAUUGGACCACCGAUCGAGACUUUGGACAUUGGAGCAAAUCUUCCAGGAAUUCACUCGGCAUUAAAAUAUCUCAACCCGAUAAACUACCAAAAUCACCCGUAAAUCAUCUAGAAUGGAACCCUCGAGGAAGUAGCAAAGAGCUGGAAGUAUUGCUACUAUUGUUGCCCAACUUGGAGAGGUUGAUAUCUAGCUAUGGGAUACGUAAACAGGAACUUGCAGCCGUGGGUAUUGUCGCCACCACGUUUCCAGGCCUACGGUGUAUCAAAUUAGGGCUUACAUGUGAUAUCAGCAAGGAUUGGGUACGAUUGACUCAACAACGAAGUGGAGAAAGGGCUCGGGAAGAGUGGAAUAUCGUGUAUUUAUUUGGUGUAGUCCAUUUGUAUGUGGUGUUGGUCAGUUGUGGUAUCUUACCAAAGGGUAAUGUGGGAAAUGCCGGUUCUCAACUCGAGGACAUGGUGAAUACAACCAACUUUACGGCCGAAGAGAUUCAAAGGCUGUACAAGCGAUUUCUCAAACUGGACAAGGAUGGUAGUGGUGCUAUAGACAAGGAAGAGUUCCUGCAGAUCCCGCAGAUUGCUAGCAAUCCCUUGGCACAACGUAUGAUUGCAAUAUUUGAUGGGGAUGGUAGUGGAAGUGUUGAUUUCAAGGAAUUCAUCUCGGGAUUGUCGGCCUUCUCUGCUAAAGGAAAUCGAGAGGAAAAGUUGAAAUUUGCAUUCAAAGUAUAUGAUAUAGACAGAGACGGCUAUAUCUCAAACGGAGAGUUAUUUAUAGUAUUAAAGAUGAUGGUGGGCAACAACCUGAGAGAUAAUCAACUACAACAGAUCGUGGACAAGACUAUUAUGGAGGCUGAUUUGGACGGUGAUGGCAAAGUCUCGUUUGAAGAGUUUAUGAAGAUGGUUGAAGCCACGGAUGUUUCUACAAAGAUGACUGUGGAUACCGACAAGUUUUGA